AUGGCCAAAGACCGGCCGCUCGGUACAAAAGCCAAUCAAGGCUCCAUCCCGAAUAGAUCUUAUGCUCAAAUUAUUAAAGGACUAAAACCAAAUCCCAGGCUUCUCAGUUCGUCUGUGGAAACCCUAGUUCCGACAACCCCAACAAUACUGCCUGAACCAACAGUCUACAAAGGGGAGCCGUCUUUUCUCCUCUCCAAAGAAGAAGAUGACAGACCUUUGGUUGCAAGAGCAUGCAUGGAAGUGGAUCUUUUGAAAGACUUGCCGAAACGAAUUCGUCUCGGAGUUGAAGGAAAUACAUACUUCCAGGCGGUUACGUAUGAGAAUCUUCCUGAGUAUUGCACGGAAUGCAGUAAAAUCGGACACUCGGUGAAGAACUCUACCGAGAAGCUUCAAAUCAUUCCAAAGGAAGCACAAAAGCAGACGAAAUAUGUGUGGAAGGCUAAGCCCUCGGUCCUGCAGGAAAACGAGAUGGAGAAAACAAAAGAUCAUCAUGGUCCAUCCACCUCCGGCUUAUCCAAUGAAGAAAAACAAAGUAUCCCAGUUGAUGUAAUGGAGCGAAGUCCUUUGAUCCAAAUUCAAUUAUCUGGGAAAAGAAAACUGACGAAGGAGAGGUUAGUGUCAAUUAUACAAGAAAAUGAUAAAGAACCAUCACUCUUGGAUUCUUGGGACAUUGCGGAAUUGAAAAAUUUGCAGGUGGAUGAACAAAAUGUAGAAAAACAGCGAGGUGUUUCUCCACAGCGCGCUGUUUCGCCAGAACAUGCUGUUUUUGUUCAAACAAUUGAAACUUCUUCUCGGUUUGAAGUCUUGGCUGAUUUGGACAAUCCAGUAACUAGGGACACGGAAGUAGAUGCUAAUUUACAGGAGGACAUUGAUUCUGAUGUUGGAAGUGACAAAGGCACGAUUACGGAGAAGCCUCAUGAACAUCUACGUUCUACUUCCCACGAUCAGAUUUUGGUCUCUGUGCAUGAUUCUGAAAUUGGAGGUAGUUUAGACUUCGUCUCUACUGAGGAAGCUCGCGGUUCUGCUUCGGACGGAGAAGAAAGGAAGAAAAAGCGUGGACGUCCAAAAGGAUCCAAAAAUGGGGUAAACAAUAAUGGGAACGAAGGUGAAACUCGUCGUUCGGCGAGACUCCAAGGUGACAUUCCUCCCAAUGUUUAA